UGGCCCUGGAUUUAAGAAGAGCCAUCAACAGCUUCUUGCUCUUACUUCUGCUGCUUUCCAAGGGAAAGAGCUAGGAAGUAACCUACACAAGUCUCAGGGCGGGAGCCGCUUCCUGCCAGCCCGGGGGCUGGACCAAAACAAACCCGCCUCUUUUACAAGUCCUGGACUGUCCCAGCCAGAGAUCAGAGGAAUUAAUUCAUGGAGCUAAAGAAGCAGACACAGCAAGGGUCAGGGCUAAGAGCCGGACAAAGGAGCAAGCGCCCAGAGACAGGAGCUCUCAAGAAGGGCUCAGAUUGAGCAGGGUCCCCACCACCUCUGCCUUGAGGGCAGCUGCUGUCCUAUGUGGCCAAAGAAAUAGCCUGAGGGACAGCUGCUGCUCCCUGCUGCUGCUCUCUCAGAAGCUGUCUCCAGGAAGCCACUGACAGGCUCACUUGCUCUCUGCUAAGCUCCAGGUUGAACUGGAGGCCACAGUUCUCUGAAUUACCCCAUGGGGCCCAGAAUAGGUGAGGGGCCCCAGAUGCCAGACAGAGACACCAAGACCACAAUGGGCACAGAAGACAUGCCUGAAAGCAAAGUCAGCAUGGAGCCUCGGGACUUACAUCAGGAUUCACAGCCCCGAUGGCUGUUCCACAACAUCAAGUUCUUUGUCCUGUGUCACAGUAUACUGCAACUGGCGCAGCUCAUGAUCUCCGGCUACCUCAAGAGCUCCAUCUCCACGGUGGAAAAGCGCUUUGGACUGUCCAGUCAGACCUCAGGGCUGCUGGCUGCCUUCAACGAGGUCGGGAACGUAUCCUUGAUCUUGUUCGUGAGCUACUUUGGCAGCCGAGUUCACAGGCCCCGUAUGAUUGGCUGUGGGGCUAUCCUGGUGGCCCUGGCAGGUCUGCUCAUGGCGCUCCCACACUUCAUCUCGGAACCAUACCGCUAUGACCACAACAGCCCUGAAAAUAGGUCACAGGACUUUGAAACUUCCUUGUGCCUGCCCACGACUGUGGCCCCAGCCUCUGUCCUCUCCAAUGACAGCUGUUCCAGCCGCACAGAAACCAAGCAUCUAACUAUGGUGGGGAUCAUGUUCACAGCACAGACCCUGCUCGGCAUAGGUGCUGUGCCCAUACAGCCCUAUGGUAUCUCCUACAUUGACGACUUCGCCCAUCAAAGCAACUCACCCCUCUACGUGGGGAUCCUGUUUGCCGCAACCACAAUGGGGCCGGGCAUGGCCUACGGGCUGGGCAGCUUCAUGCUACGGCUUUAUGUGGACAUUGACCGGAUGCCAGAAGGAGGUAUCAAGUUGACCUCAAAAGACCCCCGAUGGGUGGGCGCCUGGUGGCUGGGCUUCCUCAUCUCUGCUGGACUGGUGGUAUUGGCUGCCAGCCCCUACUUCUUCUUCCCCAGAGAGAUGCCCAAGGAGAAACACGAGCUUCACUUAAGGCAAAAGGUCUUGGCUGGUGCAGCGUCCAUUGUCAGCAAGGGUAAGGAGCUCUCCUCUCAGCAUGAACCCUUAAAGAAAGAGGCUGGAUUGGCCCAGAUUGCCCCAGACUUGACUGUGGUCCAGUUUAUCAAAGUCUUCCCCAGGGUGCUGCUGCGAACACUGCGCCACCCCAUCUUCUUGCUGGUAGUCCUGUCCCAGGUGUGCACCUCAUCCAUGGUGGCAGGCAUGGCCACCUUUCUGCCGAAGGUCCUGGAGCGCCAGUUUUCCAUCACGGCCUCCUUCGCCAACCUGCUCCUCGGCUGCCUCACUAUCCCCUUGUCCAUUGUGGGCAUGGUGGUGGGAGGUGUCUUAGUCAAGCGCCUCCACCUGAACCCCAUGCAGUGCAGUGUCCUCUGCCUGCUGGGGUCACUGUUGUGUCUGCUGCUCAGCUUGCCACUCUUCUUCAUUGGCUGUUCUACUCACCAUAUUGCCGGCAUCACCCGGGACCUGGGUGCUCAGCCAGAGCCAAGCCUGUUUCCUGGCUGUGCAGAGCCCUGUUCCUGCCAAUCGGAUGGCUUUAACCCUGUUUGCGACACCAGUGCCCACGUGGAGUACACCACACCCUGCCAUGCAGGCUGCACAGGUCAUGUGGUCCAGGAGGCUCUGGGCAAAAGCCAGGUUUUCUAUACCAACUGCAGCUGUGUGGCAGGGGAUGGCACCGUGCCCGCAGGUUCCUGUGAUUCAGCCUGCAGCCACCUGGUGCUGCCCUUCAUUCUUCUCAUCAGCGUGGGAGCGACAGUGGCCAGCAUCACCUACACACCUUCCUUCAUGCUCAUCCUAAGGGGAGUGAAGAAAGAAGAUAAGAUCCUGGCAGUAGGGAUGCAGUUCAUGCUCCUGAGAGUACUGGCCUGGAUGCCCAGCCCUGUGAUCCAUGGAAGUGCCAUCGAUACCACCUGUGUGCACUGGGCCCUGAGCUGUGGGCGACGAGCCGUCUGCCGCUACUAUGACCACGACCUGCUCCGACACCGAUUCAUAGGCCUCCAGUUAUUCUUCAAAAGUGGAUCCCUGGUGUGCUUUGCCUUAGUUGUGGCCAUCUUGAGGCAACAGAAAAAAGAGGCCAGCAUCAAGGCCACUGUGAAGAGCUCUGACCUACAGCAGCAACUGUAAGCAUCAGGACCACAGAAGAAACCCAAGGAUUCCAGAAGGUCAACAGUCCCAGUCCCACCAGGCCAGGCAUGGCAACCAAAACCUUGUAUCUUCUGAACCUUUUGCCCAAGAUGGGGUGUCAGAAGUACCAUGUUCCAACUCUGCUUCCUCCACGAAACUGUGAAGUGACUUUGAACAAGCUUCUGGCUUUGCUUGCUCUUUGGAACCAAGGAGCUGUUGUGUUGGUCAUGUCUCAAGCAAGAGGGUUGUCCUUAUUCCAGCCAGAUGACCAACCUGGAACCAAGCUUUGUUGGUGGGGAGGAACUGUACCGCAUCUCUGUCCCACCCACCACCCACCCUCGAUUCCAGGAUAGCCCAUGCUGCACUCCACACAGAGCCUCAGCCCAGCUCUGUCACUCAUGGAGACCCUCUCCAAAGAUUUCAACUCACAGGCUCCAGCUGUGCACAUCUGUGAAGGCCUCCUCUGCAAGUCCAGGCUGUCUUCAAGAAAUGUCUAUUUGUCGCCCCCUGGAGGCAGAGUCCAGAGACAAGAUUAAGGCGAGCCCCAAAAGCAGGAAGGAGGAGGAUACCAUAUUUGAUGAGGUGUGUGCACAGGAGCCUUACUUAGCUGGGGUGGAAGAGGGGCUCUCUGACCCAGAAUAUCUCAGCUUUUGUCCUCAGGGAGCCACAAUUGGGGAAAGGGAGAUCUAUCCUUUCCUUUAGAGGUCUUCAGAACCAGUUUAUAUUUGGAGUUUCUCCUACUAAACGUGUGUUGUCAGAAUCUCACGCAUUUGACCAAGGGCCACCAAAGUCACUGUGGCUCUUGGAAAUAGAAUCCUAGGCCAUAUCUCUGGAUCUUUGUAGCUAAUACCUGAUUCUGUAAUAACCAAGUUGGGUUGACCUCCCAUUCUCUAAAAAUCCCUGGAUCAGUGUGAGCAAAGCCCAGCUCUGUACAGCGAGCUAUGGCACAGCACUCUUGGUCAGACUCUCUGGAAUCCCCAAUUCUUUCCCAAGUCAGGCCUUGUCUGGCUUUCUGGCUAGUCUUAUCUGGCCUAGUUGCUUCAAGGCAGCAGAAGAGCAAGCCCUGUUGUGCUCCCAGGCCAGUCUGUUGAUAGCACACACACACACACACACACACACACACACACACACACACACACACACCCAUCCAUGUGGCCACAAGAAGAGGGGAGAAGGGGCCAGCAGCUCUCUCCCUACUCUGUGUGCCUAGCUCUCAGUGAAGGGACAAGGUACUUGUCUCCAGUGCAGAAGAAGGGGAUAUGGAAGCCUUCAAUUCUGUCAGGAAUGGUGGCACAUGUCUGUGACCCAGCACUGGGGGACAAGAUCAGGAAUUCAAGGCCUAUCUCAGCUACAUAGUGAGUUUGAGUCUAACCUGGGCUACAUGAGAGUAUCUCAAAAAAAUCCAAAAGGAAUAAAGAGAAGAAGGAAAGAGGAGAAGAGGAGGAGGAAGAGGAAA